GCUGUGGAAAAGCUGCCAAAUCAGCCAAAAGCCAAAGCGAGUUAAAAGAAGAAAAGGCAGCCAACUGUUGCCGCCGGUUUGUGGAAAAUAGAAAGUAAUUUAGUCUGGUUUUUCCUGCAACUAUGGACCUGAAACAGCGCACUUACCUCCUGGUGACCGGGGCCUCUCGUGGAAUUGGCCGGGAGUUUGCCCAGCAGCUGGCCAAGCGGAUAGCGGCCGAGGGAUCCGUGGUCGUCCUCCUGGGACGCAAUCAGCCGCUUCUGGAGGAGGCCAGGGCACAGAUCGUGGCCUCGGUGCCGGAACUACCCGUACACACGUACUCCCUGGAGCUGGAAUCGGCCAAAACGGAGGACUUUGCCCAGAUUCUGGAGAGUUCCGCCGCCCAGAAGUCGUUCCAGCGAGCCAUAGUCAUCCACAAUGCCGGCACCGUGGGCGAUACCUCCAAGAGGGCCAAGGAAAUCGGGGAUACCAGCUUCCUGCAGAGCUACUACCACACCAAUGUCUUCUCGGCCAUAUCCCUGAACUGCGAGUUCAUGCGAGUCUUCCGGGGCAUCCCCAAAUUGGUGGUCAACCUGAGCACCUUGGCCGCCAUUGCCCCGAUCUCAUCGAUGGCCCACUACUGCACGGUGAAGGCGGCCCGCGAGAUGUACUUCCGUGUGCUGGCCACCGAGGAGUCCGCCGAGGAGACCCUGGUGCUGAACUACGCGCCCGGCGUCAUAGACACCCAGAUGACCGUCCAGGUGCAGCGGGAGGCCCACGAUCCCGCCGUCGUUGCCAUGUUCCGGGAGCAGCGGGAGGCCAAGACCAUGCUGACCACCGCCCAGACCACGGAGCGCUUCAUCCAGAUCCUCGAGGCCCGCAAGUUCAAGUCCGGCGAUCAUGUGGACUACAGGGAUGGACAGACUUAGGUUCAUUAUGUAUUGUGUGAUGUUUGGUAAUGGGUUCUUGUAUUAAAACAUUAAAAAGAUAACAACUUUGAAAAA